GUGCAUUCGAUAAGAAUUAUGAUAUUGUUUUUCUUGAGGAUGCGACUGCUACGGAUACUGAAGAGAUGCAUAAGGCAACUUUAUUGAACAUCGAAUAUGGUUGGGGAAUAGUUACCACUGUUAAAAAUACUAUUAAAUGGCUUUCUACAAUAAAGUCUUGA